GGGGCGGCGGGCGGUCGGGCGGCGCUGGCAGCCGGUGCGAGGCGAAGGGGACGAGGAGGCCGGGCCAUGGCGGCGCCGGAGACCAAGAUCAUCUACCACCUGGACGACCAGGAGACGCCUUACCUGGUCAAGCUGCCGCUGCCGGCCGAGCGGGUCACGCUGGGCGACUUCAAGGCGCUGCUCAACCGGCCCAACUACAAGUUCUACUUCAAGUCCAUGGACGAUGAUUUCGGGGUGGUGAAAGAGGAAAUUUCGGACGAUAACGCAAAGCUUCCCUGCUUCAACGGGCGAGUGGUGUCGUGGCUCGUGUCUGCCGAGGGAUCUCAUUCGGACGCUGGGUCCGUAUGUGCCGAAAGCCAGCCGGAACUGCCACCCUCCAUUGAGAGAACUGGAGGCAUCGGAGAUUCCAGGCCUCCUUCGUUUCACCCAAAUAGUGGAGGAAGCCGAGAGAACUUGGACAAUGAGACAGAGACGGACUCUGUGGUGUCAGUUCAGAGGGAACGGCCCCGCAGGAAGGAGGGUCCUGAGCACGCCCCCAGGGUGAACGGGAUGACCAAGGGGGACCGGCGGCGGGAACUAGGGGGCUAUGAAAGCUCCUCCACCCUGAUGAGUAGUGAACUGGAGACCACCAGCUUCUUCGAUUCUGAUGAGGAUGAUUCCACCAGCAGGUUCAGCAGCUCUACAGAACAAAGCAGCGCCUCGCGCCUCAUGAGGCGACACAAACGGCGUCGGCGGAAACAGAAAGUAGCCCGAAUUGAGAGGUCUUCGUCUUUUAGCAGCAUCACCGAUUCCACCAUGUCGCUGAAUAUCAUCACCGUUACGCUCAACAUGGAAAAAUACAACUUCCUGGGCAUCUCCAUCGUUGGGCAAAGCAAUGAACGUGGCGAUGGGGGCAUCUACAUUGGCUCCAUUAUGAAGGGAGGCGCUGUGGCGGCUGAUGGAAGAAUUGAACCCGGAGACAUGCUGCUGCAGGUGAAUGAUACCAACUUCGAGAACAUGAGCAACGACGAUGCUGUGCGAGUGCUGAGAGAAAUUGUGCACAAACCGGGGCCCAUCACGUUGACCGUCGCCAAGUGCUGGGAUCCGAGUCCCAGAGGCUGCUUCUCGUUACCCAGGAUUGCUCCCCAGCGAAUCUGGGCUGGGCCAGACUCUCCGUGCUCCGAUCCGGGUGAGCCUAUCCGACCCAUCGACCCGGCGGCUUGGGUGUCCCACACCGCGGCGAUGACCGGCACCUUCCCUGCGUACGGUAUGAGCCCAUCCAUGAGCACAAUCACUUCCACCAGCUCUUCCAUCACCAGCUCCAUCCCAGAAACGGAACGUCUCGAUGACUUCCAUCUCUCCAUCCAUAGCGACAUGGCCACCAUCGUCAAAGCCAUGGCCUCGCCAGAGUCGGGCUUGGAGGUGCGCGACCGCAUGUGGCUGAAGAUCACCAUUCCCAGUGCCUUCAUUGGUUCGGAUGUGGUCGAUUGGCUGUACCAUCACGUGGAGGGAUUUACGGACCGGCGAGAAUCCCGCAAGUACGCCAGCAACCUGCUGAAGGCUGGUUAUAUCCGACACACAGUCAACAAAAUCACCUUCUCGGAGCAGUGCUACUACAUCUUCGGAGACCUCUGUGGAAACAUGGCCAACCUAUCGUUGCAUGACCACGAUGGAUCCAGCGGGGCCUCUGACCAAGAUACGCUGGCCCCGUUACCUCACCCAGGGGCAGCCCCCUGGCCCCUAGCUUUUCCUUACCAGUAUCCACCUCCACACCCCUACAACCCCCACCCCGGCUUCCCUGAGCCGGGUUACAGCUACGGAGGGGGCAGCGCAGGGAGUCAGCACAGUGAAGGAAGCCGCAGCAGCGGUUCAAACCGCAGUGGCAGCGAGAGACGGAAGGACCGAGACCCCAAAGCCGGGGAGUCCAAGUCGGGUGGUAGCGGCAGCGAAUCGGACCACACCAGCCGUAGCAGCAUUCGGCGGGAGCGAGCGGCCAGCGAAUGCUCCGUGCCGGGCAGCCAACGUAGCCAUCACUCCAUGGCUCACAGCGUGCGCAGCCACCACAGCCAGCAGUCUUAUGGCCCUCCCGGCCUCCCACCUCUCUACAGCCCUCCCAUGCUCCUGAUGCCGCCACCCCCUUCUGCCCUGGGACCUCCUGGGGCUCCCCCGGGCCGAGAUCUGGCCUCGGUGCCCCCUGAACUGACCGCCAGUAGACAGUCAUUCCGAAUGGCCAUGGGCAACCCUAGUGAGUUUUUUGUGGAUGUAAUGUGAAGAUCCCGCCCCCCCCUCCCUCUGCCUUUCUGGGCUGCCCCCCUCCCCUGGUUGGUUUGUCUCCUAGAAAGAGCACACUCGGUGUGAGAUGCAUCUCUUGUCUGUCUCUCUCUCUCUCUGUCUGUCUCCAUCUCUCUUUCUCUGUUUUGUUUUUUUGACUAGGCUUUUAUGAAAAGGGGUUGAGGAAAUCAAAUGAACUAAACCAGUGGUCCCCAACCUUUAUGGCUUGGAGGGGAGGAGAGGGGAACUGGCUCACCGCUACUGCAACUCGAGCCAGCCAGCCACUUGUGUGACCUGGUUCUGGACAGGCCACAGCCCGGGGUGGGGUGGGGUUGGGGACUCCUGAACUAAACUGUUUGAUUCUAAUCUUUCCCGCAAGUGUCUCCAGCAGCUUCUCCCGAGCACCACCCUCCCCAUAUUGUGAUUGCAGAACAGCCCUAACCCAGCUUGUAUUUUUACCUGUUAACCUGCACGCUAAUCCAUUAAUCUGCACCCAUCCGGGACCUCUGCUGCUCGCCCAUUGUUGUUGUUUUUUCCACGCCACCAGCCCUAAACACCUGCCCUCUUUCUCCUCCUUGCCCCUCUUGUGUUCCUCUCUGCCGAGCAGCCAAGAAUUAUGGGGUCUUUGACUUCCUUUGAGUUGGCCAGCCGUGGUUGGGGAGAGCGGUGGUGGUUUGGUUCCUCCUACCUCCAGGAGAGGAAGACCCAGAGCCUUUUCAGCCUGCUUAGGGGGCAGAAGAUGACUUCUUGGUUGGGAGAUGUCCUUCCUUUACCCAUCAGCCCGGAAGGGAAGCAGGGCUGAGCUCCUCUUCAGCAGCAGCCUGGCCUUCACCCAUGAGACUCUUGAGAUGGACCUGCUUCAUGGUGGCGCCUUCCCCUUCACCGCUGAAUCCUCAAACCAGGACGAAGGUUUUCCUGGGGAAAACGCGGGAGGCUAAACUUGGUUUUUGGAUGCCUGAUAUCUGGAAGAAAUCCAGGAUGAGAUGGCCAGGAUGCUGUCUCCACUCUAAGGCUAGAUUUUUCAUGAUAUCCAAAACUUUUUUCCUUCUGAAAAAAAUAAAACUUGAGUAAAUGCAAAGAAGACUCUUCUCAAAACCCCAGGAUUGCUUGCUUGCUUUUUGGAACACCAGUGAUGAUCAUAAAUCACAUUUGGGUUUCACGCAUCUGUAGAUUCCCCUCCCCCCCUUGCUACCAUUUUCUCCACAAACUUAGUCUUCCAUCUCUGUGGGAAAUUUUGAGUUUCUUCCCAUCUCGCCUUGCCCUUAUUUUGUUUUAAACCCCAUCAUUGGUUCUUUCCCUUUCAUUGCUAUGUGGAUUGGCACUGCCUUUGUUCUUUUGUGUGUGUGUGUGUGUGUGUGUGUGUGUGUGUGUG